AUGGCGACGCACAUCUCGCGUGCAUUCUACCUGUCGGCAACGACUAGCUCCCCGACCCCAUUCUUGUACCAAACCCGCACCCUCGCGCCAAUCUCGUUGUCCUUGCGGAGGACGUUCGCUGCUCGCGUCCGCCAAUAUUCCGCAGAGAACCGGGCGUCUUACGAGUAUGGAAGACGAGGAGGAAGUCCUAGGUAUGACGAGGAAGGAUCCGCAUACGAAAGCUCUCCACAUCAGUCGGGGUCUGAGUCAAGGGCUAGCAGCGCCCAACCUCGGCGAAGUUAUCUGCGACGCCGUUCGGCUUCAGUAACGUCCAAAGGUCGCAGCCAAGGGCGAAGUCCGUCUCUUCACUCGACAAAAAGCUCGACCACCGUCACAGGCCCUGAAAGGAAAGCUUUUGGAGAGCUCCUUGGGCAAUUGGGCGUGGGCCGCGACCAGGUCGCUGACACGGGAGACUCCAAACAAUCACAAAACGUUCCCCAAGAGGAUCAAGAGCGAAUCCAAGAACUCAUGACGAAAUUUGGCUCAAUAUUGAAGGACAUUCAGUUGAAAGACAAGUCGUCUUCAAAAGCCAAAAAGGAGCAGCAACGAACAUAUGGUACUGAAGGUGACUUGGCCUUUUCUGACGGAGAUUCUGAAAACGGUGACGUGGACGGAGAACCUUCAGAUGAAGUCACCGAACCUUUCAAGCUCCGCAUCAGUGACCUCGGGUACAGCGAACCCGCAUCGGCAACCAUGAUGGAGCCCGAAAUCACCAUACAGGAGGCGAUCGAGAUCGUGGUGAAGAAGGAGUCCCAGAAGAUUGAAUUUGCGCUGUUCCAAGCAAUUGAAGAGGGCAGAGGCGACAUGGGUCUCUGGGAAGUCUGCAAGGAGCGCAUUUUCUCCGUGCUACAACACCUGGAUGAGAACGCCAACAUCACCAUGCCCGGCGCUGUUAACAAGACGAGUUCCGAUGACGCAGACGUUGCCGACUCGGCGCAUACUCACACCUCCUCAGGGUUAUUUAGAAUCCCAGCCGUUGUGCCAAUUGACCAGGUCAUUACCGAACUGUACCCGCGUACUCUGCUGAUUGCUUUCCGUUUAUUGAACACGCACUUCCCGGGUUCACCACUUAUCGGUCAGUUCCGCACGACGAUCAAGGACCAGGGUCGUGCCUCUGCGCUGCUAGGCUCAUCUGUCGCUCUGUAUGAUGAGAUGAUCCAGUUCUAUUGGUAUGGUUGCAAUGACCUUCCUGCCGUGGUAUCCUUCUUGCAUGAUAUGGAUGUGACGGGGCUAGAGCCCAGUUCUAGAACCCGUCGAUUGCUUAAGGAUAUUGUCCGCCAACGAAAGCGGGAUCUUGAUCACGGUGACCAGCCCACACAUGAUCAGGACUCGUUCUGGGAUUUCCCUCCGAACAAGGCAGCUUACGAGGAACUUGCCGGGCCCGGCGGAUGGCUCGAAAAGCUCAGAUCUCGCGCGCGAGAGUCUCAUGAACAGCGCAGACUUCGAUCUGGCUAG